AUGAUUUCUUUUGAAGAUGUACCUUAAACCAACUCUUUAGGUGAGUUACAAAAAGAAAACCCAAGUUUAUAAAAGAUCUAAUCUAAAAAUAAGAAAUUUUGUAAAUCAUCAAUUGAAAUGCAAUUGCCAAUAGCAAAAUAAACGAUGAAAGAGAAGAAAUUAAAGAAUUUUCCUAAAUUAAUAGGAAAUAAUUUUUGUAAAUUUGCUACUCAAAAUCUAAAAAGAUUUCCUAAAGGAAUACAAUAAUUAAUAAAAAAAAAGAAUUAACCUUAACAAGUAGGAUUCAAAAUUUCAGAUUUAAGAAAUGCAUGUCAAUAUGAUGAGGAAUCUAGGAGAUUGUUUCAAAUUUAUUUCAAAAAUUAAUUGUUAUUAGAUCUAAUCUUUAGUUCUAAAAUUAAUGAUCCUUUCCCCUAUAUUCCCGGAAUAUGUAAUUAUUAUGCUGCUAGUUUUGUACCUGAUAAAAUGGUUAGUAGCUAUAUUACCUAAUGA